AUGGCAGACGAGGAAGACUACGACAGUAGAGACGAUAGGACGACGAGACGUGUUCGCUGCAACUGCCGCCUCGGAAAGACAGCUCCCGCUCCCGACGAGAAGCACGACUGCGAGCGUAUUGACAUCGACAAGCUGUGCGUCUUUGUCGACUCAGAGUUCAUAAGAGGCUCAGCUAUGAGGAUCCAGGCCACCUGGGCAGUGGACGAAGGACCUGAGAAACAAGGGGUUCGUCACAGAACGUCAAUGUGGUCGAUCAAGAACACACGCUCCGUCUUCGCCAAGGUCCUCAAACACUACAACCCCAAAGAGGCGGUUGUCUCCAUGCAGGCUCCUCCAGGUGGAAAGUAUAGAGCCGCACUUCUCGUCUUGCUCGCAAAGGUCUGCGACGCGGCCGAAGUUGUCGAUCGUCUGGGCGAUUACACGGGCUCAUUCGGCAUACAUUUCAGCGAGACCAGGAAAGCCGAUGGUCAACCAGGUACACCGUUCUGGGAGCGCGACGAAGUCUUGCUUUGGGCUAGGAACGCUCAAAGGCCGAUACGCUUCUACGAUUGCAUCAUGUUUCCUCUGUUUUAUGGAACAUCGAGAGGCCCCUACAAUGCGAAGGUAACCUUCGAGCAUCCGCCGAAAACGAGGGGCUUGCUCUUCAAGAACACCCCAAGGACAUCUGGCCAAGAGGAACUAGACUGGAGCAUUGUGGAAGGCAUCAUAUGCUUGGAUUAUAUAAAGACGGGUAUCAUCACCAUGGAGUAA